AAAAAAAUAUGGAGGACUAAAGUAAAGACAAUGAUAUGUCAUCUUUACAAGUCUAUCAAUGUAUGAAAACAUCUCAAGGACACUUAGCUUCAAAGCCAAGUGUAGUUAUCUUCCUCACCUCCAUCAAUCAUCAUCUUAUAAGAUAAAGAUGCCAUAUUAUUUAGCUAAGAAAACCUUGCUAAUUUGUCAGUUAGAUAUAAAUGAAUUAUAUCUUACGAAAACAAAGCAUCAGUUAGGAGACAAGACAACCACUCUCUUGCGUCAACAUUUACCUAUUCAUUACCCUAAGUAUCAUUAUUAUUAUUUUGCUAAUUCCCAAAUUUUCUUCGCCAAAUAUAAUCAUAACCAUAUUAUAAAUGACCUAAUCAUUGUACGUUACACAUCUUUAGUUUUUUCUUGAAGCAAUUCCAGUAUAAGUUAUUUUGGCUUCCUCCUUCCACAUAUUAUUUGCAGGUUUCAGUAGAAUGAGAUCAUCAAAACCCCAAAGUGUUCAUUUCUUAACAUUUUGAAUACUGAAAUCACAUUUAAAACACUCCAUUCUUCUCACUGUUCUUCAAAUCCUAAACAUGAAACCUUCAUCACCAAUCUCCUUUACCUCUUCUUCCCUUGCUCCUUCACUUCCUAGAAAACACCGUCUCUCUCCUUACCUCUUCACACUCUUAAUCUUCAUCUUCUUCGUCUCUGUUCUCUAUGGAGAAGACUUCAUGUGCAUCUUUGGCCAGCUUGAGCCCACUUUUUCCCUACGGCCCUCUCAAGCAACUGAAAAGAACAAGAAACCACAGAAGCUCGCGUUUGCUAUCGGUAAAACAGAGGAAAACUGUGACGUGUUUAGUGGCAAGUGGGUGAGAGACGAAGUCUCCCGACCACCGUACGAGGAAUGGGAGUGUCCGUACAUUCAACCUCAGCUUACAUGUCAAGAACACGGUCGUCCCGACAAAGACUACCAGUUCUGGCGGUGGCAACCCAACCACUGCGAUCUCCCCUCAUUCAACGCCACGCUAAUGCUAGAGACACUGAGAGGGAAGAGGAUGAUGUACGUAGGAGACUCACUAAACCGUGGAAUGUUUGUAUCAAUGAUUUGUCUUCUUCAUCGUAUCAUCCCUGAAGAUCAGAAAUUCAUUAAAACUACUGGUUCACUCACUGUCUUCACUGCCAAGGAGUAUAACGUGACGAUUGAGUUCUACUGGGCACCGUUUCUUCUAGAGUCUAAUUCAGACGAUGCAAUAGUUCAUAGAAUAUCAGAUAGGGUUGUGAGGAAAGGCUCAAUUAACAAACAUGGUCGUCACUGGAAAGGCGCUGAUAUAAUCGUCUUCAACACUUAUUUAUGGUGGAUGACUGGCUUGAAGAUGAACAUCUUGCAAGGAUCGUUUGAUGAUAAGGAGAAGGUUAUCGCAGAGGUAUCGACUGAAGAUGCGUACAGAAUGGGGAUGAAGAGUAUGUUGAGAUGGGUGAAGAACAAUAUGGAUCGUAAGAAAACUAGGGUUUUCUUCACAAGCAUGUCUCCAACUCAUGCCAAGGGCAUAGAUUGGGGAGGUGAGCCAGGUCAGAACUGCUAUAAUCAGACAACACUUAUAGAAGAUCCAAACUACUGGGGAUCAGAUUGUCGGAAAAGCAUAAUGAAAGUGCUUGGAGAAGUGUUUGGGAGAUCGAAAACACCGAUAACGUUACUAAACAUAACGCAAAUGUCGAACUAUCGGAGAGAUGCGCACACAUCGAUAUACAAGAAGCAAUGGAGUCCACUGACGGCGGAGCAGCUAGAGAAUCCGACGAGCUAUGCGGAUUGUGUACAUUGGUGCUUGCCUGGCCUUCAAGAUACUUGGAAUGAGCUCCUCUUUGCUAAACUUUUCUAUCCUUGAGAGAGACGACACCGUUUUGUCCAUUGAGAGAAACGAUACCGUUUUUGCCUUUUGAGUUUGGCGAGAGACCUAUACUCUGUGUAUUCAUUGAAUUUAUGGCUUUGAUUGGUGACAUGAGUUAGAGUUGAUUUAGUUUGAUUUAGGGUUGUAACUCAAAAAUGUUACCAAUCAUACAUUAAUUUAAAAUUUUUGAUUUUAAGUUUGAGUUAAUAUAUGUUAUGAUUGCUGUA